UCCUGCAGCGAACUGCUCUUUGCCCUGUACGCACAGCGUAAGGCUGACGUCAGCCAAUAGGAAACAGCCUCAUUGACUGUACGUAUUACGUGCCUACUGCUAUCUUGCUAGCUGGUUUGCUAACAAGAAAGAAGAUGGAUUCUCCUAUACUGGAACCAUCGCUGUACACUGUCAAAGCAGUUCUGAUACUGGACAACGAUGGAGACAGGCUUUACGCCAAGUAUUAUGAUGAUACAUACCCGACAGUGAAGGAGCAAAAGGCGUUUGAGAAGAACAUAUUCAACAAAACGCACAGGACGGACAGCGAAAUAGCAUUACUGGAGGGCCUCACUGUUGUCUACAAGAGCAACAUAGACCUCUUCUUUUAUGUGAUUGGAAGUUCCCAUGAAAAUGAGCUUAUGCUUAUGGCUGUUCUAAAUUGCCUUUUUGAUUCGCUCAGUCAGAUGUUGAGAAAAAAUGUUGAGAGGAGGGCUUUGUUGGAGAAUAUGGAGGGGCUCUUCUUGGCUGUGGAUGAAAUUGUAGAUGGAGGGGUGAUUCUGGAGAGUGACCCGCAGCAAGUUGUGCAUCGUGUGGCUCUCAGAGGGGAUGAUGUGCCUUUGACAGAGCAGACAGUCACCCAGGUUCUUCAGUCUGCCAAAGAACAGAUCAAGUGGUCCCUUCUACGAUAGACUCACGCCUGCACCAGUAUGCCUGUGAGCCGCUGUUCAGCCCAGUCUUCAUGGCACUGAUCCCCAUGCUCCUUUUCCUUUGACUUCCACUCCCGUCAAUCAAAGCUGUGAGGAGUACUAGUGGCUGAUCCAGUCACACUCCUGGGACUACCACCCAAGAAAGUUUCAGUUCCCUUUUUUCGCACAGGUUUGGAUUGUAUAACAUAAUCGACAUAAGGAUAAGAUAUGGUGUACAUUCCGGUCCCAGGGCUAGCCUGUAUUUGUUUGUUUUGCUUUUUUUUUUCAUUACAGAACCUGGGUAUUUGUUAAACCAACAUAUUUGUCUAUAAAACAUCGAUAAACCACAUAGCCUGUGGCAACAUUCCGCUUGUCUCGAUGAACAAGAGUUUUUUUUUCUCUAUUUAACGGCACCCUGUUAUGUCCUCCAGAUUGCUGUAAAAAUUAAUGAGGCACUAUCUCUUAUCAUUUCAUUUACAGUAAUAUUGUGAUUGAAAAGUAUACACCUAGUACUGUAGUCAUACCCCUGAUCUCAGAGGUAUGUUUUAAUUAUAUUUUGUUCGGGGAUCUUCCAUCAUCAGAUACUUUUAAUAAAUGUUUGUUGACUCUG